AUGGAAAACUAAUUGCCAAUAAGAAAGAAGACCUAUCAUUCAGAGUCUUAGCAAGAUGAUAAGAACAAGCCUGGAGUCAACAAAAACUAAACUGAGAAACUAUUAGAAAGCUUAUAAAAAAUUACCUUGCUGGAUAUUUUAGAUGAAUUUGCUAAAGAAUCAGAAAAUAAGAGCAUAACUGAAAUUUUGAAGACCAUUCUGAAUAAUGUGGAGAAUAAACAAAAGGAGCCUGAGGUAAAGACAGAUUGGGAUGUAGGAAAGUAAGAUAAACCAAAUAAUAAUUAUAACUAAAAAUUUGAGUCAAAUAAUAAUUUUUAAAAUAAUAAAUUUAAAAAGAGAAACACUGAAGGGGGUUGGGGUGACAAUCAAAGAACUGAUUUCAGCAAUAAAGAGAAUGGAAGAGGAGGAAAUUACGAUAGAAAUGGAGGGAAUGAUAGGGGUAAACCUUGGGAAAAUAAAGAUGGUAGAAAACAAAACUUUUAGAGAGGGGAGAACUGGAAAAGUAAUCAGGAAGGCCAGAAGAAUAGAGGAGGAGACUGGAAUAAUAAGUAAGGAAAUGGAGAUUGGAAGUAAAAUGGAACUAAUAAUGAUUGGAAAACAAGUGGUAAUAAUAAUAAUGAUUGGAAAAUAAAUGGUAAUAAUAAUAAUGAUUGGAAAACAAGUGGAACUAAUAAUGAGUGGAAAUCUAGUGGUAUCAAUAAUGAUUGGAAAUCAAGUGGAAACAAUAAUGAAUGGAAAUCAAGUGGUGUCAAUAAUGAAUGGAAGACUGAAACAGCAACUGAAUAGGCACAACCAGUUUCUUGGGGAUCACCUAAGUGA